UGCUUUGUUGUUUCCCUUCAGAUCAGCCUUUUUCUUUUCAAGGCAACAAAGAUGAAAUAAGCUUUUUUUUGGCUUUGUUGGUGGCUUUGCUGGACUGAUUUCCCCUGCAGCGUAUGAAGGGCGAUGGAAAGAGAAGCGACUGACAACAGGCCGCAGUCGGGUCACAGCAGCGAGAGGGUCGACCCCUAUGGCUUCGAGAGACCUCACGAUUUCGACUCCUACAAGGAGAUGAUGAACCAGUACGUGGGCGUCCUCAACAGGAGGUCAAUGAGGUGGUCGCAGCUUCUCCAGCAGAAACCCGAGGUGGAGAAGAACCUGACAGUGAAGAGAUUUGUGCGUAAAGGUGUUCCCAGUGAACACAGAGCGAAGAUCUGGAUGGCGGCCAGUGGCGCCCAGCAGAAAAUGGAGAGUAAGCCUGGUUAUUACCAGUCUCUGCUGGCCAUGGAGCCCGACGCCAAGCUGAAGGAAACCAUCCACACAGACAUGCAUCGGACCUUUCCUGACAACGUCUUCUUCCAGAGCCAUGCUGAGGCGGGCCUGCAGAAGGUGCUGCACAACGUCCUGCUGGCGUACGGACACCACAAUCCGGAUGUGGGAUACUGUCAGGGAAUGAACUUUAUUGCUGGGUACCUCAUCAUCAUCACCAAAGAUGAAGAAAAGUCCUUCUGGCUCAUGGAUGCUUUGUUAGGCAGAAUACUUCCUGAUUACUACAGUCCUGCCAUGUUGGGGCUCAAGACAGACCAGGAGGUGUUGGGGGAGCUGGUGAAGGCCAAAGCCCCCGCCGUGGGACAGCUCAUGGCCCAGUAUCCGGGCAUAUGGACUCUAGUGGUGUCCCGCUGGUUCAUCUGUCUCUACAUUGACAUUCUUCCAAUCGAGACGGUUCUGAGGAUCUGGGACUGUCUGUUCUACGAGGGAUCCAAAGUUCUGUUCCGAGUGGCUCUGACGCUCAUCCUUCAUCACCAGCCGGAGAUCCUGAGAGCACGCUCUCUGCCCGACGUCUGUGAAUGCUUCAAGCAGAUGACCUGUGGAGCGUUCACCAUGGACUGCCACGCUUUCAUGCAGAAGAUCUUCACAGAACCCGGCAGCCUGUCGAUGUCAACGAUCCACAAGUUGAGAGAGAAAUGCAGACAACAAAUCCUGGAGGAGGAGUCCAGACGAUCAUGAAGUUCUACAACUUUAUUAUUAUCAUUAUUUUUGAUCAAGCUUUCCUCCCGUCCCAUAAUCCCGUCAGACAGAACAACCACUGGACCCGAGGCCGGACUCAGGGUCCACAUGUGACCAAUAACAUGGGCCCUCUACAGUAGCGAAAGACAUCCACCUUUAGACAGCAUCAAUGUCAAGAAUCCAAAUGUUUUGAUAAAAAUUUAAAUCUUAAAUACAUCUAUUUUAUAGACAUUGUUUUUACUUUGAAAAAAACUUAAUGAAUAAUCUGUUACCAUCUAGUCCAAACAAAUGAGUCUUCUGUUUUUUCUGUCAGCUUUUACCAAAGGAAAAAGAAAAUACUUGAAUGAUGGAACAAAAUAAUUUACUACAAAAUGACGGCAAUGAAAUAAAUUAAGAAUUAUUCUCAAAAUUAUCUUUUUUGUCCUUUUUGACUUUAUAUACUUUAGAAUUUCUUUGAUUUCAUUUUUCCUGUUUUGUCAUUGUACACUUUUUUUUAAAUUUAUUGCUUUCUCAUCGUCUUUUCCUUUUAUCAUCUCUUAUAAAUCUCUGCUAGCUAACCUGCUGUUGAUGGACUAGUCCAGGGGUCUGCAACAUGCGGCUCUGGAGCCAUUUUUUAAACAUAAAGUAUUUUUUGGUGAAAUAUAUGGAUUUUUGGUGCACCUUAAAUAAUAAUAAUAAAA